ACCCGCCCGCGCCUCUCGACCACAUGCUGACGUCGGGGCCGGCCGCGGUCCCCGCGGCGUGGCACCCGCGGCGGCCGGCGAAGCCGCGCCCGGGCGCCGUCGUGUACAGCCGGUGGAUCCCCCACCUGCGCGAGACGUUCAGCAUGGUGGCUCUGGACUGGGAGGACCCCGAACACCUGCGCCUGUUCCACACCUGGCAGAACGACCCGCGCGUCUCCCAGGGCUGGAACGAGACCGGCUCCGUCGAGCAGCACCGCGAGUACCUCCGCCGCGCCCACGUCGACCCCCACCAGAUCACCAUCCUCGCCCGCUUCGACGACACGUACUUUGCCUACUUCGAGGUCUACUGGGCCAAGGAAGACCGACUGGGCGCGUACUACAGCGCAGACGACUACGACCGGGGGCGGCACUCUCUGGUCGGAGACGUGCGGUACCGGGGACCGCACCGGGUGACGGCGUGGUGGUCGAGCCUGAUGCAUUACCUGUUCCUGGACGACCCGCGGACGCAGUACGUCGUGGGCGAGCCCAAGUAUACCAACAGCUCGGUGCUAGCGUACGACUUCAUCCACGGCUUCGGCCUCGACAAAUUCGUCGACCUGCCGCACAAGCGCUCCGCCUUCGUCCGCUGCUCGCGCGAGCGCUUCUUCCAGCUUGCGCCUCUCGCCGAGAGCGAGAAGGUUGUCGGUGGCACGCUCGUCGGCUUGGUGCCGAAGCUGUGAGCCGUACGCAUCAAGUGCUUGGAGCGGCAGCGGUGAACGCUGAAGAUGAUCCGCGACGACUAGGACUUCUAAGGGCGGGAGGUUAUUCCCAGAUAGGCAGCUCGUGGAAAGCCAUUCGGGUUGGUUGGCUGAUUUGUUGGCUGGCUGACGGUGCCGACGAGUGGCGCGGGGGCGGUCUCUGGAUAUCGUACUAGCUGUCUAGGACCCCUUUUCCCCCUCUUGUUGAGUAGGCAAAAUCUCACGCCACCUGUGGGAGGCCUUGGGGGGAUUUUGGACAGUUGGGGAACAAGACGCGCAAUUUAUCAUGCUUCUUAAAGGUUCAACGUCCGGGUACUGACCGGAAUCUAAAUCAAAAUAAAACGACU